AUGGAGAGACCAGUGAAGGAUGGGAUCCUUUAUGUGCAGCACACCAAAUUUGGAAAGAGGUCCUGGAGGAAGAUGCGAGCCCAGCUGUUUGCUGCCAGCCCGUCUGGCGUGGCCCGCAUGGAGAAGUUUGACGUGCGGGAUGAUGGCACGGUCCCAGAGAAGGUGUCCCUGCAGUGCUGUGCCCGCCGCGUCAUCCGCCUCUCUGACUGCGUCUCUGUGGGCCCGGCGGGCACCCAGAGCUGCCCCAAAGCCACCGCUGCCUUCUACCUCACCACCACAGAGAAGAGCUAUGUGCUGGCAGCCGAGCAGCGCGAUGAAUGGAUCACCCAGCUCUGCCAGCUGGCCUUCCAGGGUGGAAAAGAGACAGUGCCGAGUAGUGCCAGGACCCAGCUCAGCCCCGCUGUCCCCAUGGAGGAGAACUCUCUCUACUCGUCCUGGCAGGACCUGACUGAAUUCUUGGUGCUGGUGGUCCAGACAGACGCAGCCACCCGCUGUGGGCUGCACGGGCAUUACCUGCUCUCAGCCCUUCCCCAGAGCUUGACGCUGAAGGACCCCCAGUCCCGCCAGCCCCUGCUCACCUGGCCCUACCCCUUCCUUCGCAAGUUUGGCCAGGAUCAGGCUGUCUUCUCCUUCGAGGCUGGCCGCCGCAGUGACUCCGGCGAGGGCACCUUCACCUUCAGCACCCCACGGGCCCCUGAGCUCUGCCGGGCUGUGGCUGCUGCCAUUGCCUGCCAGCAUCAGGGCAAGGACACCCUGGAGCCCAGACUCUUCUGUGUCUCAGAGCCCCAGCUCUUUGCACAGAGCCUUGAGCCCCAGCCCUGGGGGCCUGGGAAUGAUGAUCCCCAGCCCAGCUCAGCCCUGGGGGGGACACAGCCUGCCUCCCACCCCCCUGCAAACCUUCUCCACUUCACCUCACCAGAGCCAGAGGCCUCAUGCCCCAUCAUCUAUGCCUCCAUCGCCCGGGGCCAACAGCCCCUCUUUGUGUCAGGGCAGCCAGGCUCUGGGGAGCCCUGGGCCGUGGGGAAGCCGCUCCCUGAGCAUCUGUACGAGAACAUCUUCACUGCAGAACCACGUCCAGCCGGGGCCCAGGAAGAGGAGGAGGAAGGGCAGUGGGAGCUGGGGUGCCGACAGGCCCCCGAGG